GGGGUAGAACAGACGGGAGAGGACAGCGGGGCACACACUCUCCAACACCUGCACCUGGUCACUUGAUUUUCACUGAAACACCAUCCAACUCCCUUUAAAGGAUAAAUGGAGCAGCAUCUUGAUCACAUCAUGCGCAGCGAGGCUGAGAGAGAUUUUCCAACCCAGCUCCGAGGGCGCAAAACGCGGGGAAUGCAGCGGUAACAUCCCGUAAGUUUUGGAUCUGAGAGGCAAAGCGGGCACCGGGAAAGUCACAAAUCAAAGAUUUAGAUCUCUGUGGGCUACCUGCAUGACUGUUACCAUGACAGCAUCUGGAGCCCAUCUCGUCCUGUUGGCCUUAUGUGUUUACAGAGGCUCGGGCCUGCAGCCGUUUGCUCCACGGGUUCGCCUCUCCUUCAAAGAGCUCAUGGACACACGGGCUGCAAGACCCUUCAGUUUCUCCUUCAACACCAGCGACUACCGCAUCCUCCUGAUGGAUCAGGAUCAAGGCCGUCUGUACCUGGGUAGCCGGGAGUACCUUGUGGCCCUGGAUAUGCACAAUGUCAACAAGGAGCCGCUCAUAAUUCACUGGCCAGCAUCUGCUAAGAGAAAGGGAGAAUGUCAGAUGACGGGAAAGGGAAGACAGGGUGAAUGUGCCAACUUUGUGAGGUUGAUAGAGCCGUGGAACCGCACCCAUCUCUACACCUGUGGAACGGGAGCGUAUCAGCCUAUCUGUACAUUCAUCAACAGGGGUUGGAGAGCAGAGGACUACCUGUUUAGACUGGUCCCUGGGUAUGUGGAUUCAGGGAAGGGAAAAUGUUCCUAUGAUCCAAAACAGGAAAACAUUGCAGUUCUGAUCAAUGGUAACCUAUAUGCAGGUGUCCAUAUUGACUUCAUGAGUACAGAUGCUGCUCUGUUUAGGACCAUGGGAGGAAGAACGGCAAUCAGGACAGAGCAAUAUGAUUCCAGGUGGCUCAACGAACCUGUGUUUGUUCAGAUUCAGCAGAUCCCUGACAGUGCAGAAAGGAAUGACGACAAACUCUAUUUCUUUUUCCGUGAGAAGAGUCUGGACUCCAAUGGUGGGGCAAGUCCCAGUGUUUUAGCCAGAGUGGGAAGAGUGUGUCUGAAUGAUGAAGGUGGACAGAAAUCCCUAGUGAACCGCUGGACUACGUUUCUGAAGGCUCGCCUUAUCUGUUCAGUGAUUGGAGAAGAUGGAGUGGAGACACGGUUCGAUGAACUACGGGAUGUGUUCAUUCAGCCAACUCAAGAUGAACGAAACCCCAUGGUGUAUGCUCUCUUCACUACAGCAGGCUCGGUGUUCAAGGGCUCGGCGGUCUGCGUGUACUCGAUGGCUGACAUACGCAAUGUUUUCAACGGUCCCUUUGCCCAUAAACAUGGACACAAUUACCAGUGGACAGAAUACACUGGCAAGAUCCCUUACCCGCGGCCUGGAACAUGCCCUGGAGGAACCUUUACUCCUGGCAUCCGUUCCUCCAAAAACUUCUCAGAUGAGGCUGUGAAUUUCAUCAGAGCCCAUCCCCUCAUGUUCCAUCCAGUUUACCCUAUUCACCGUCGCCCCCUGGUGGUGAGAACUGGUGUGGACUACCGCUAUACUGCCCUGGUGGUGGACCAAGUAGAUGCAGUUGAUGGACGCUAUGAGGUGCUUUUCCUGGGGACAGAUCGUGGUACUGUCCAAAAAGUCAUAGUUUUGCCUAAGGAUCCAACCAGUAUGGAGGAGCUCACACUGGAGGAAGUGGAAGUCUUUAGGACCAGAGCUCCUGUCAAAACAAUGAAGCUAUCCUCUAAACGACAACAACUGUACGUGUCGUCUGAUGCGGGGCUGACCCAGGUGUCGCUGCACCGUUGUGGUGUAUAUGGCAGGGCCUGCUCUGACUGCUGCCUGGCCCGGGACCCGUACUGUGCCUGGGAUGGAGAGAGCUGCUCUGCCUUCACCCCGUCCACCAAGAGGAGGAGCAGAAGACAGGAUGUUAAACAUGGUGACCCACUGAGGCAGUGCAGAGGCUUCAACGCCAAAGUAGAAAAACGUCUGAGAGAAACGGUCCAGUUUGGGGUGGAGGGCAGCAGUACAUUCUUGGAAUGUCAGCCACGCUCUCCCCAGGCCACCGUCAAAUGGCUUUUCCAAAGGGAAGGAAAGAGGAAACUGCUCAACCGUGCAGGAGGAGUCCUGAAGACCAACCAUGGCAUCCUUCUGAAGUCUCUCAACCAAUCAGAUGCAGGUCUUUACCACUGCCUUGCCACUGAGAAUAACUUCAAACACACAGUAGCCCGUGUUGCACUUCGCAUCCUGGAUCGAGAUAUCGUUUUAGCUCUGACUGCUCAAGACGAGGAUGAAGAACCAAAAACCCGCCACGCUGGACCCUACCUACAGUCAUCCAUCUCUUCUACACCCUUCCCACCUGAGAUUAGACUGAUUAACCAGUACUGCCAGUCCUACUGGGAACAGAUAAACCCCAAACAGCAACAGCAGCGCAAACGCACCAGCCGUAGGCACACAGAAAGCCAGGAUCAAGGUCUCGGCUAGGGGACUGGACUGGACCUGUCCAACACUGGCCUGUCUGGACUUAUGGUGGACUUCUGUGGGUCAUGCAUGUUUGUGUGUCACCUUUAUUCAUAAGGCAGGUGAUACAGUCAUGCAGUCCUUAAAGUACUGUAUUGGUGGUUUUGCAUGUCUGCUUCUAACAUUAUAUGUGUAAAAAUACAUCUUAUUUAUAUUUUAUUGUACUAACAACCACUUUCCAGGGAUUACAUUCUAACAACUGAAUAUUUAUCUUUCAGGUUAACACAGCCAUGAGCUUGUGUCAUUUGGAUAAUUUAAUCAAGUUACAGACUUGUUCUUGCAUGAGAUCAAAUACUUCAGUAACUGUGAGAUGUCAAUCACUGUGGAAAAUCUUAGUUAUAGUGCAAGAAACUCAAAAACCUUUUUCACAUUGUCUGCUUUUUCCUGUCAUUUGUCCUCUGGAUUACAUUUUCAUACAACACAGCUCAAUAAGCAGAGAGUGUAUGCAGCCGAUAAGGUGCGGGGAGGAUUAUGUGAAACUGGAAAAUGAAAACUGUAAGUGCAAUGAAAAUUGAAAUAGAUGGACGUGUUGCAUAUUUUAGUUAUGGUUUUCCUUCCGGUAUUAACUGAAACCAGCAACUAUCAGAAAAGUGGUUGUAAUGUAAAACUUGUAGUUGUGGGCUACAGGGGCUAGAACAUGCAAAACCACUGGUAUGGUCCUUUAAUUAUAUUGAAAUAAAGUGUAAUAUAUUGAUUGUGAAUAUAAUAUAUAUGGUCAUGAUAUGGUCACUCCAUUGGAUUUCUCUUGUACUGUGUGAAGAUAAUAUGAUGAUGCAUAUGUCGCAUGCAUAUGUUUGUUGUAAGUUGUACAUUUUCCUGUUGCUCUGUUUUCAGCCUUGGCGUUUAUGAUGUUUGUAUGGUGUAAUGUAUUCGAUUAAGCUAAUUCCAUUGGAUGUUGUCAUAAAAUGACUCCCUUACUGUCCUGUGCUCUAGUGACCUACAGUAUGUGAGUGUUGAAGAUAUGUAUAGCAUACAGUGUUCUUCCAGUUAUGCACUUUUGUUGGUGGUGGUAUUUGAGGGAAUUGGGGAUCUUUGCACAGGUGUUUGAGAAAAUUAUACAGGAACAUAAUUUUAUAUGUACAGUAUGUUAUAAAAAAUGGGAAUGAAACUGGCUCAGAUUUUAGUAUUGUUGAUGUUCUGUUGUGCUGUAUUUACAGACGUUCAAGUGGCUUUUUUUAAAGAAAGUCCAGAGUCACUAUUCACAUUCAUUGAGAGUAACACAGUGCUAUGUGCUGUCAUGCUGAUAAAUCUACACUGGAAAUGUUCGAACAGUUAUAUAAACAUUUCUCAUUUCUCAAAUGGA